UCGUCGCGUCGCACGUAACGUCCUCCAGCAAGGAGGCUCCGGUUUGUCAAACUUUCGGUUUCCUCCUUCACUCCGAGGUUCUGAUAGCAGCCAUGGCGCGAGGACUACCUUAUGUAGUGUUAGUAGUUCUCUGUGCGACUUUCGCCACUUGUGUAUUCGCGUGGGGCGACGAUGACUGUAAAGCCUACACCGAUUCAUACAACAUCUACCAUGCAUAUCAGACAUGCUCCUAUCUUCAGUUUUGCUGUGGUUCUUGCUCAAACAGAGAAUGCUGUUCUAGUAAUUUCCGACGAUUAAGCGACGAUGCUCAAGACAAAUGUUACAAUAAUGGUAAAUCCUUCCCCAACACAUCUUUGGUCCCCGUGGUCAUCAGUAGUGUUAUCGGCUUCCUGGCAAUCCUCAUCUUAGUCUGCUGCUGUGUUUGUCCUUGCUGCUGCCUGUACAGUUUAUGCCGCAAGCCACGACCUGUGGUAGCUACCACCCACACCACGGUGGUUACCAGCAUUCCUCAGCAGUACCCCCAGCAGCCAACCGCAGUGGCCAGCCCCCCUCAGCCUUACCAGGCGACCCAGCAUCAUCCCUACCAGCCCAUGCCAGUGCAGCCCAGCUACGGCACUCAGGGCAUGCCUACAUUUCCCCAUCAGGGACAGCAGUUCCCACCACCACCAACAUAUCAGGAAGCCACCGGUCCCUCCUACCCGCCCCAGCCGAUGCCUUACAGCCAGGCUGCCUACGGUCCUGGACAGCCAGCUUACCCUCUGCAGCCUCCUGUCCAGCCUCACCCAAAUGUUCCACCUGCUCAGAUGGACUACCUGUCUCAGCCUGCAUACAACCCGGAUUUUGUUGCACCACCCAAAACAGGAUAGUUAAAAAACACACCUCCAGUUACAAACAUGCUUCAGCAGUUUUGAACCUGGCAGAACUCGAAAACUUGCUUUUAUCUGUGAGAAGAGCAUCUGCAGCAUCUUUUUAUUUUAUUUUAUUAGCUUUUAAACUUGGGAGUUUGAUAAGAACAAGUGACCUUAUGUCAUGUUUGAAAGUCACCAAGUGAAAACGUUGAUUCCAUUUGGCUGGUGUUGCAUGUAUAUGCAGUUGAAAAAGGUCUUCAGUUUCCUCGUGGUUCUGUUUCAGUCAUCUUAAGUAAAUGAAACAUGAAACCACUGUCUGGUUUUAGAGAAGUGUGUUGUAACUCGUCAGUACUCUCCAUAUGCGUCAUCUUCCUGUUUGCCUUCAUUGUUCACCAGCCAACCACUGUCGGGCUCAGUGACAGAAAAUGGAAAACUGCCAUACAGCAGGAGUGCUGUAAACCUUUCAUUUCUUUACUUGCGUAAGCCAAGCUUUGUGUUGUUAGACGUGUGAAGCACCGUGUAAGUCAUGUACGAUCACAACCUUACCACUCGGCUGAUAAGAUUCCUGCAUCAACAGUCCAUCAAAAGGGAAAAGGGCAAUCUCGAAUACUUUUGCACAUUUUGUAUUUAUAUACAAAAUAGUUUUUAUUAGAAUUUUUUUCUUGCCCUUUGGUUGUAAGAAUUACCCUGUUUACAUGUGAAGCACAUCUAAAUGAUCUCAAACUACACUGGUAGCUUUACCUGAGAUUUUUUUUCUCAGUCUGCCAAACGUUCAGUUAAACCUCAGAAGGAAACUAUUCAAAAUGCAAGAAACAGCUGUGCCUUUAUAGCCAGGUUGCUUUAAAUGAAACAGGAGUGUGCUUUUUAUUACAGAGCACUUUAAGUUUCCUAAUUGUAUUUCUACUGGUUAAAAUGUUUUCCUUAGAUUGGUUUUAGCGUCAUUUAAAAAGUGCUGUUUUUAAGUUUGACUAUAGUUCCCCUGUUACAAAAAUUAUGUAUAUAUUUAAAAAUCCUUUAAUUGCCUUCAGCUUUAAUGCUUUUUGUUCUGUGAAUUUUCUUUUGUGUUCUAAUGUUGUGGCUUCCUGCAUCGCCUGUUGAACUACCUUUAAAGUAGUUCUUAAAAAGUUUUCCUUGUAAUUCAGUUUAACUACAAGAAAGGGAAUAAUGAUGGUCCAGAAAACAACUAUUUAUGUUGUGAUUUUUUUAUUAUUUCAUUUAAUAUUUUAUUCCAUUAAAAAAAUUCCUGUCUUUUUUUUCCCUCCAAAUGUGGUAAAAAUAUUAUUUUAUGUCCUGGUUGUUCAGUGUUCUUGCAAUGAAGAAAUAAAUGCCUUUGUGUUUUAUGCAUUUUUUUGUUACUUUUUAGGGCUGGACUGGGCAACAGUAAAACAUAAAUAUACAAAAAUA